UCAGAUCCGCACGAAGCUGGAGCCGCUCGGUCGCGCCUCCGCUACUCGGACAAGUUUUACCCCAAACUUCAUUUGAAAAAGUCUGCAAGUGAAGUCUGAAGUCUGUCAGACCCGGAGGAGCGCGCGCUUCGGACGGACCAGGGUGCGCGCGGAGCUCGAGCGCCGCUGGAUCGGAGUCAGCGAGCAUUUUGUUCUGGGUCCGGGCCGGAUGUUAGCGGACAGCCCGCUCCGAGUCCCGAGAUCAGCAUUUCUGCGUCUGUUUUCUGGCUGAUCUGUCUGAUCCAGGACGAAGCCGGACGGUUCUGUAAAGAUUCCAGGAUGCAACACAAAGCUGAAGAUCCGUUUGGUUCCACUCGGAGAUGUUCAGCAGUGAAGCAGCAGGAUGAGCUGAGACAGAUGAUGCUCGGCUGACAGGACUUCAUUUAUUUGUUGUUUUUGUGGCUGUAGUUCACCUACGAGGCUCCUUCCAGAACAUCUCAGAGAACAAUGUCGGCAGAUAACAGCCCACCACCCCCAAUGGCCUCACCUCGGUCUUCCUCUAACCUCUCUCAGCAUUCAGCCCCUCCCACCCCGUCACCGUCGCCCAGUCCACCUGCCACUGUCUGCAGACGGCUGUCCGAUGGCAGCCAGAAGGGCCCCAGCCCCACCAACUCCCGGGGGUCGUUGCAGGGCGUCUCCUUCCUGCUGCAGAUCGGACUCACCAGGGAGACGGUGACUCUGGACCCCGGGGACCUGUCGCUGUCAGCAGUCCGGGAGCUGGUCUGCUCCAUCGUAGAUCAAAAGUUCCCUGAAUGUGGAUUUUUUGGGAUGUACGAUAAGAUCCUGCUCUUCCGUCACAACCUGAACUCUGAAAACAUCCUGCAGCGCCUGACGUCAGCAGAGGAAAUCCACGAGGGCGACCUGGUGGAGGUGGUCCUCUCCGCUCUGGCCACGCAGGAGGACUUCCAGAUUCGGCCUCAUGCGCUCUACGUGCACUCCUACAAAGCUCCGGCCUUCUGCGACGACUGUGGGGAGAUGCUGUGGGGUCUCGUCCGACAGGGCCUCAAAUGUGAAGGAUGUGGACUGAACUACCACAAACGCUGCGCCUUUAAGAUCCCCAACAACUGCAGCGGCGUGAGGAAGAGACGGCUGUCCAACGUGUCCCUGCCCGGCACCAUCAUAUCCGUCGCUCGUCCACCAUCUGCAGAGUUCCCACCAGUCCCCCAGGAGGAGCGCCCCCUCCUGGGCGCCGGGAAGCGUAACUCCCUGCUGAGCGGCCGUCCCAUCUGGAUGGAGAAGAUGGUCCUGGGUCGGGUCAAAGUCCCUCACACCUUCUCCAUCCACACCUACACCCGUCCCACCAUCUGCCAGUACUGCAAGCGCCUGCUGAAAGGCCUCUUCAGGCAGGGGCUGCAGUGCAAAGAUUGUAAAUUUAACUGCCAUAAAAGAUGCGCCGUCAAAGUUCCCCGAGACUGUCUGGGCGAGGUGGACUUCAACGGAGAACCGCUCAGUCCCGGGUUGGACUCCGAGGCGACGAUGGAGGUGGACACCUGUGACAUCAGCAGUGACGGAGGCCAGAGCAUGGAUGAGCAGGACGAGCCGUCCAUGCCCGAAGACAAGCUCUUUUUCAUGGAAGGUCCCGGUGCAGACGGCGAGAAAGACGACGAAACCGCCAGAGCCAUCAGCCCUUCCACCAGCAGCAACAUCCCUCUGAUGCGAGUGGUCCAGUCCAUCAAACACACCAAGAGGAAAAGCUCCACGGUGGUCAAAGAGGGCUGGAUGGUCCACUACAGCAGCCGGGACAACCUGAGGAAGAGACAUUACUGGAGGCUGGACACCAAGACUCUGACUCUGUUUCAGAAUGAAAGCGGAGCCAAGUUUUACAAGGAGAUCCCCCUCUCCGAGAUGCUUCAGGUGGAGCGGGUUCUGGACCUGAGCCGCCUCCCGCCGGGCAGUAACCCCCACGUCUUCCAGAUCAUCACUUCCAGCAUGGUGUACUACGUUGGGGAGAACAACGGCAGCCUGGGCCACAACCCAGUCCUGGCCGCAUCCGGCGUGGGCCCAGAUGUGGCCCGCAGCUGGGAGAAGGCCAUCAGGCAGGCCUUGAUGCCCGUCACACCCAAGGCCAGCGUCGGCACCGGGCCGGGCCAGGGCAAGGACCACAAGGAACUCUCCGUCAGCAUAUCAGUUUCCAACUCCCAGAUACAAGAAAACGUGGACAUCAGCUCGGUGUACCAGAUCUUUGCUGACGAGGUCCUCGGCUCCGGACAGUUUGGGAUCGUCUAUGGAGGAAAACACAGGAAAAGCGGCCGGGACGUGGCCAUUAAAAUCAUCGAUAAGAUGAGGUUCCCCACCAAGCAGGAGAGCCAGCUGAGGAACGAGGUGGCCAUCCUCCAGAACCUCCACUACCCAGGAAUCGUGAACCUGGAGUGCAUGUUCGAGACGCCCGAGCAGGUGUUCGUGGUGAUGGAGAAACUUCACGGCGACAUGCUGGAGAUGAUUUUGUCCAGCGAGAGGAGCCGGCUCCCCGAACGCCUCACCAAGUUCCUGGUUACUCAGAUCCUGGUGGCUCUGAGACAUCUUCACUUUAAAAACAUCGUCCACUGUGACCUGAAGCCGGAGAACGUCCUGCUGGCCUCAGCUGAGCCUUUUCCUCAGGUGAAGCUGUGCGACUUCGGCUUCGCUCGGAUCAUCGGGGAGAAGUCGUUCCGGCGCUCGGUGGUCGGCACGCCGGCCUACCUGGCCCCAGAGGUGCUGCGGAGUAAAGGCUACAACCGGUCUCUGGACAUGUGGUCGGUGGGCGUCAUCGUCUACGUCAGUCUGAGCGGGACGUUUCCCUUCAACGAGGACGAGGACAUCAACGACCAGAUCCAGAACGCCGCCUUCAUGUACCCCCCCAACCCCUGGAAGGAGGUCUCAGAGGAAGCUAAAGACCUGAUCAACAACCUGCUGCAGGUGAAGAUGAGGAAGCGUUUCAGCGUGGACAAGUCGCUGAGCCACCCCUGGCUGCAGGACUACCACACCUGGCUGGACCUCCGGGAGUUCGAGACUCGACAAGGCGAACGCUACAUCACCCACGAGAGCGACGAUGCCCGCUGGGAGGAGUACGCCGACGAGCAAGGCCUGCACUACCCCAAACACUUCAUCAUGUCCGCCAACCUAGACGACAUGGACGAGGACCCCUAGAGGCCCCUGCAGGGUCCACAUCUCCUGAGGAAGCCCCAGAGAGCCAUCGUCAUGGAAACGCAGAGCCUUUUUCCCCCUGGGGUGGGACAAGCUGUAAACUGGACCUGCGUCUGAUAUGAAGUCACCGUGGAAGCGACCAAUCAGGAGACGUCUCUUGUGAAGCUGAGCAGAGACGUCCAUGUUGUCCUUCGUGUCGAUUCCUUUAUCAUCGUCGUUGUCUCUUCUGGACUGACCCAGACCCUCCAAAUCUUUUCCAGGUGACACGUUCUGGGUUUUUGGUGGUCUGGUUCCUCCUGAUGGUUCCAUGUCUGGGACGAAUCAGCUGAUCGGUGGGGGAGGAGCCCAGAGCGAAGGAGUAACGCCUCACCGAUCUGCUGGUUCCAGUCUCGGUUUUCAGAGCUCAGACUCAAACAUCAGGGUUGGUCUUUCUGACGGGAAACUGGAAUAAACUGGAAUAACCUUACUAAACCAGCGUGUUGCUGGAAAUGUGACUUCAUCCGUCUGCUGUCAGAUCCACCGUCACAUUUCUACGGGAGCCCUGAGCAGACAAACCAAACGGCUCUGAUGAGGCCCCGUCCAGGUCUCUGGUGGAUCUGGUCCUCUGGAGGAACCUGGGACCAUCUGAAGUCUGAACUGGAUGAGAACGUUGCUGCUGUCGUCUGAUCCUGAGAAUUUAUGACAGCUUUUAUAUUUUUACAAGAAAUGUUGUGUCCUGUGGAAGUUAUUAAAUCUGGAUGUUGGGAACCGUCUUCAUCCCACUUUGUCAGCCUGCUGGGCCAAUCAGGACCCGUCAAUGUCCACGGGGGGCCUGGAUGAAAAAAAUACAGCAACAAUAAUUAAUAAUAAUAAAUAAUUAAUAAUAAUAAUUAUUAUUAAUAAUAAUAAUAAUAAUAAUAAUAAUGUGUUGAACAUGAAGGAAUCAGAUCAGAUUUAAAGUCCUGGAGCCGUAGCGAAGCAAACUACAGGCGGUGUCUGCAGCAAACUUCAACUUCCAGAUUUAUCAAAGCGUGCACACACACGUCCUCCAUGUUUUCGUUUAUAAACCAGAACCACCUCUAAAGCGGCGCAGGUGAGGAGCGCCUUGCCCCGCCCACACGGUGGCUAUAAAUGGUCAGGUGGACGCCUGUAAUACAUGUUCAUCACAUCAUUUCCAUGAUGGCUCAGGAGGUAAAAAGAGGGAAGAAGAGGAAUUUUUCGGUGUGAGACAAAGAUCUUGAUGGAGCACGUUGGAAAAGGUAAAAAUGUGUAACUGGUGGACACGGCGUGGACGUUACUGGUGUCAGAAAGACAGAAUAGUGGCAGCAGGUGGAGACGCUGUCAUCACAGAGUCAGAAGGAAGAAACACCAGAAACGUCGGAACGUACGGAUGGAUAUCAGUCGGUAGAACAUCCGUCUACCACGAGGGAGAUGGAAGUUCGAUUCCCAGAGCGGUGAAAAGCGUCUGCUAGAAGACAGUAAAGAUGCCGGUAAUGUAGUCUUUUGUUUUAAUUUAUAAAAUAAACAUGUACAGAUACAUCUGA